AUGAGGUUUGAUAAUCAAGAACCUGAUUGCGUAUUAAGGGUUUUCAAAAUGGAAGACGCUACCGAUAAUAAGCAAAAUGCAAAAACUGCUGCGUCGAUUGCAGCACCUGCUGCCAUAACACGCUCGAUUAUUUUGCAGGGCCUUGCAUUAUUCUAUAGAACGCCCAUAAAAUUUUCAUUCAUUCAUCGGCAUAUCAUCCCACCUUUUAUAGCAAAUUCCGUAAUAGGCGCGGUUCUAUUUACAGUUUAUGUUUCUACUCUUUCACAAUUUCAUUCCACCUCAAUAGCUGGUUCACAACAUCAUCACAUACCAUUUUAUGCCGUAUUUUGUUCUGGUGCUAUAGCAGGUGCAGCACAAUCUUUAGUAGCGGCACCCCUUGAUUCGCUUAAAGUUAGAUUUGAGGUCAAUGAUUUAUUAGAAGGCAAGCACAAAAGUAUGUAUGAUUAUGCUAAGACGACAUGGAAAGAGUUAGGACUUUCUAGCGUAUAUCGAGGAAUUGGAUUGACACUCGUAAAGGAUUCUUUAUCUUGUGGUCUCUUUUUUGGAGUGUUUGAAUUUGUAAAAAGACAAUGUUAUGAUGCUUUUAUCAAUAAAAUGGAUAACCAUAGUGUGGUAAAACAUCAACAUCGCGAUCGAGAUAACGCACAUUUCAUUGAGCCAAUUUUCAUCUUAAUUGCUGGAAGUUUUGCGGCCAUAUCAUAUCAUGUCAUUGACUACCCACUUGACAGGAUUCGAAAUGUUUUUUUAGUAGAAGAAGCACAAUCAGAAUUUCAGCAUGAGCAAAAGCCAAAACUUUAUAAACUUACAUGGGAACAAUGCAAAUUGAGAGCUUUAAGAACUGGAUGGACUCAUUUCUUAUAUGGUGAUUUUGGAGCUACUGUAUUAAGAGCUAUACCUGCAACCAGUGUGGGGUUUCUGGUCUUUGAGUUGAUGAAAAAGAAACUUGAUUACGAAGUUUAUGAAUGA